CUACAUUUACUCACUUACAUCACAAAAAUCAUCAUCAUGUUCACAGGUCUUGUUGAGCGCAUUGGCACAGUUACUUCAGUCAUUGAAAAGGAUAACACAAACUCGGGUGGAAAUGGAUGGACAGUCACUGUAGGAGAUUGUGCUGACAUCCUUGUCGACUGUCAUCUUGGAGACAGCAUUGCUAUCAACGGUACUUGCUUGACUGUAACCGAGUUUGACACCGACAGUUUCAAGGUUGGUAUUGCUCCCGAAAGCUUAAGAUGCACCAACCUUGGUGCACUCAAGGUGGGAAGCAAAGUAAACUUGGAACGCGCUAUGGACAGUAAGAAGCGAUUUGGUGGCCACAUGGUUCAGGGCCAUGUCGACACUACAGUGAAGAUUGUGUCAAUCACACCCGAGGGUAAUUCUCUCUGGUUCAAAUUCCAGGUACCACUGGGCCACAAAGAUACCAUGCGUUACAUUAUCCCCAAGGGAUUCAUCACCCUCGACGGCACUUCGCUUACUGUUUGUGAUGUUGAUGAUGAAGAGCGCACCUUUACAAUCAUGAUGAUUGCUCACACCCAGCUCCAUGUCAUCAUGCCUCUGAAGAAGGUGGGAGAUGAAGUCAAUGUAGAGGUGGACAUGCUGGCCAAAUAUGCUCUCAAGAGUCUUGAGGGUGCCAUUAAGAACUGUGAAGGUCUAGAAGAAUUGGUAAAACGUGCUAUUCGAUAAAUAUCUACAUGUAUAUGGACAUACUUUGUGUGUAUGUUUGAAUAAUGAUAAGUGGUGUUUAAUAUCCAGCAAAAAUAUCAAAUUACUGUUGCUAUUGUGUAAAUUACAAAAAUAAAAUAAAAGGCAAGAUACACACCAAAAUACAAAGGGGGAGCUCUAUCUGUUUCAAAUUUCACAUAUAAACAAAAGGCAAGAGAAUAAAGG